AUUAUCAUCACCGGUCUGAAGGAAACUCAAAUUUGUUUUGUAAUUUAAAAUUGUUGAACAUUUUUCAGUCUCAGCUAUUUGGAAUGUUGCGAAAUUUGCUGCGAAGCUUCGAGAUUGCGCUCAGGCUUCACACACCCACGGCCAUAGCUCCUGCUCUGGCUACAGCAGCACCAGUUGUCUGCUCCAGGCGCACGUUGUUCACACAGUACGAGUUCGAAAGCAAGGCAAGGCCAAAGAAGUCCCUGCUAACGGCGAGAGCCGCCACCACAGCGAGUCCUGGUAGCGAGGCGGACAAUGAGUACGUACCGUAUCGCCCGGAGCAGGAAACAGGGACAAAGGCCAGCGUUCUCAUUGACAUACUCAGGGAACGCUUUCGGCUCACCGAUGCCGAGCUCCAGCGGAUUAUGGGCGAUGAAUCGGUGCACCGCUGCUACCGCAGUCGUUCCGUGACCAUGACGCUGGACCUGCUGGAACUGGAGGGUGUCAGCAAACGCAGCUUUGUGGAGUAUCCCUGGCUGCUGUCGCUGGAAAACAAGCGCCUGCAGCUGAAACUGCAGCUAAUAAAGUCUAUGAACAUUCGGGACAUCAAUCACUUUGUGCCCUUCCUGCGUCUCACGGUGCCACGCCUUCGCAAGCUGGUCGGCGCCCUCAACACAGAGAUGAAGACGAUACCGCAGCAGAAUCGCGUUUACUACAUCAGCGAGACUCUGCAGGUGAGCCCGGAGAUAGUCACCAAAUACCUCUGCAAGCGGCUUUUCAUACUGGAGAUGCCCUACGAAAUGUUUGAGAAGAACCUGCAGCACAUGAUCGACUACAAUGUGUCGCCCAUCAACAUACUGAAGGACCUGUGGGCCUUUCGGUACACCCCGCGGUCCGUGCAGCUGCGUCUGGAGAGGGCAAAGCGGGCGAAAAAGGACAAGAUCAUGCCGUGGAUGGUUCGUUGUCCCGAGCCCAUACUGCAACGCUCCCUCAAGCUGUCUGUGGAUGAGCUGCAAGUGCUUGGCCCGCACUCCUCCGUGGUGGAGUACUUGAGCCAUCGCUUGGGCUUUAGCGUGAGUGAAACCAAAGUGAUUAUGGACAGACACCCGCAGGUGCACACUGUGCGGGUGACAAAGAUCAAGGAGGUGCUCGACUACUUGCUCGAUGAAGCGAAAUUCACGCGAUUUGAAAUUGCGCAAGUUCCACGUAUUUUGUGCCACAGCCUGAAGACAUCCCAGGCACGUGUGGAGGAGCUCAAGAGCCAUGGAUGUCGCCCCUCCUCCCUGGUCAUUCUUUGUCGCAGCAGAAGAGAGUAUGAAAAGUUCCUACAGAGCUGGAAGAGCCAAGUGAGAUCGGUUUGAGAUCAGUAAUAAAAGAUUGCCGUGAUAAGUUGAAUACAUUGA